AUGGCAUUUAAGAGUUCGCCGGUGCUGGUCGAGGAGCUGAUUCGAGAAGGCUUGGAGAAGAUGCCCGACCAGUACUGGAUUCGCUGCCAAGAGCUGGUUUAUGCAGACCAGGCGGAUCCCUCGAACAUGCACACUGGAAUGGAUGCCGUGCUGGUCCUGCCACGGGUGAUCUUUGACUUUGGCUUGUGUUUGGCAAUCUCGCAGGCUUUUGUAGACCCCAAAGUUGCUAUGCUUUUCGACAUCAUCUCCGAGUAUUUCGAAGUGUCGCAUGAGGUUGUGGAGGAGGGCGAGCAAGCCAUUGAGGGUGGAGCUUCUAGUGAGUGUCUUGUGAAGGGCGAGGAUUUCGAUGAAGAGGAGCUGGACGACGAAGAGCUCGCUACAGCUCUUGGAGCUACACAGCCCGCUUCAGCUUCGGGGGGCCGCAAACGUGAGCGAGCUUCAGCUUCGAUUGCAGGCUCUUCGGUUGAAUCCUUGCACACCGGGCUAACGAACGACCUUGCGAAGGUUUCCUUGAAGGACUCCCCGCCGCCCCAGAUUGUCACGACUGCAGCCGCUCGGAAACCCGUUCCUGAUUCUGUGCUCAUGGAGAAGCGAGUCAAGAUCGAAGCCCUCAAGCGGCAGAUUGAGAUCAAGAAACAAUCGAUGCAGUGUGCUCGGCCGUGGAAGCGAGCGAGGUCGGACGCACAGGAGGACACCCAAGUCGUGGAUCUAUCUCCCGUGGCAAAGAACUUGCAAGCAAAGUUCGAUGCCGUCCAAGAUAAGGUUGUUGCGACCAAGGAGGUUACAAUUUCGACUUGGGCGAGUUCGGUUCCCGCUGAUGAGGAUUCGCAGGGGCCCGAUGAUCUUUUCAAUGCCGAGCCCCAGGAAUUCUUGACCCGAGAGGCCCAGUUUGCUGACCGCAAGCAGCACGAGGAUCAGGACCUGGACGAUGAGUGGGAGUCGCCGGGGAAAACGAAGCCAAAGGCCAAAGCAAAGGCUAAGGCCAAAGGGAAGGCUAAAGCGAAAGGCAAGGCUGCUUCGAAGAGUAAGGCAAGCCCCGCCAAGCCGAGAGGGAGGCCUCGCAAGAGGCCAGCAGCUUUGGCCAAGCUCGAGUCGAAAACCGAGGAUGCAGAGCAGGAUGACCCUGAGGAGGAGCACUUCGAGUCGACCGGCGACGUUGCGAUCGAGGACCCCGGGGCGAAGCAUGAGGAGGAGCAGUCCGACGAGAAGUUGGAUGAAGAGGACGACGAAGUCAUGGAGGGCAAGAAGCCAACAAAGGCCAAGGCUGAGAAAAAGGCGCAAUUCUCCAAGAAGAUCGUUGAUGGUGGUCGUGUUUCAGCAAAGACCCCUGCUGACAACAAAAAGGAGGCCGAGAAGCCGCCGAUCUUUGCUCGUCGCUAUCGUCCCGGUUUCUGUGUCUUUGCCGGCAAACGCUGGGAUGCUGUGAAAGCGAGCUUCGAGCUGCACAUCCAGAGACGGGUGAGAACCCCUACAACGGUGCAGGCGGGCUUGCACAAAGGAGCCAAGCCGAAGCCGAACGACAACACUUGGAGUAUGGCGAAACUUUCGAAAGUGUGUGCUAAAGCCGCCGAUUCCUUCUUGGCCCUGGAGUCUACUCAGAGUACAGAGCUCUUGACCAUGCCGCCGAAGCUUCGCCCUGGUAUGCUGGUCUACGCCAAGUACGGUGUGGUCACUUCGGAAUGCAAAGCAGAACCGGAGGAUAGUGCUGCAACCCAGCAGGAGCCUCAGGAAGAACUCCCUUUGCCCACGCCGGCGACACCCAGCCCGACCCUUCUUGAAGACUCCCUUCCCAAACCCUCGAGCCCUUCCGAGCCUGUUUCAUCGAUUGAACCCACUCAAGUGGAUGCUGCUGCGGAACCAGUAGGACCACUGGAGCCUGCAGGGUCGCACGGCCACGACGAGGACAAGGACGACGACAAAGACGACGACGAAGACGACGAGGGGGAAGAUACUUAUGCAGUAGCUUCGCUGCCGCCACAACCGCUGAGCAAGGAUGCUGUGUACCACCGGGUGCGACGGAUCAUGCAGCCACGAGCUGACGGCUCUUACUUGGCGGCGAAAGAAUUUCGGGAUCAAUACAAGGACAGGAUCCAUGGCCGGCCCAAACUGGAUGCGAUGUUUGAAAAGGCCGGUUACAACCCGGAGCCUCUGUGGGAAUUAUCCUUUGAAGCUUUGGAUGCCCUGCUCGCAAAACCGAAGCCAGCCCCAAGCCACACCAAGGAACUCUUUGUCAAGCGAUGCCGGUAUAUCUCGGAGUCGAUCCAGGAGGAAAGCCUCGAGAUCGAGGGCGAGUUCUUAACGAUCCAGGAUAUGAUUGACUUGAAAUUUCCCGCCCACAAGCGAAAGGGUGUCGUCGCUUAUUGUGAGAAGCGGCCACAUCUGAAAAGGCAGUCCAAGUAUGGCUGUGGCACCAUGUAUUGGACGGAUGUCCGUGUAAAGGGCAAGCUGACGAAGACCAAGCGACAGGUCUUUCAAGAGGCGAUGGAGUGGGAUGAAGAGGCCGAUGGUAAGAAGCCUUGCAAGAAGCAGAAAAGCUUCAACGAUUGGAGUCUCAUGGCUCCUGAUGCCGAGGACCCUUCCUUGGCUGCUGCCCUCACGCCGGACACCGGGCUCGAAGAACAGCUGGACGAGGACCCCGAAGAGGAGCCUGAUCAAGGCAAAGCCUUGAAGCUCAAGGACAAACUUUGCAACACGCUCAAGAAGCUGGAGUCAAGUGCUGAAUUGACCCAUGCCCCGCCGGACCCGGACAAGAAGUCGCAUGCUGCAUCAACGAGCCCUUCGUCGAAAAACGGUACUCCAAAGUCCAAACCGAAGGCUGCGGCUAAGGCAAAAGCCAAGGCCAAGCUGAGGAAAACCGUGAGCAAGCGAUCCAACACAGACUCGGAGCAGGUCGUAUGGAUGACGAUGACGACGAAUCAGAGUUUCUUCAAUGCCUGGCUGAAAACCUCGGCGACGGAGCACUUCGUCUGA